AUGGUUCUAGGCGCGUUUCGACCACUUGAGGGUUCGCCAACCUUCCAAGAGGAGUAUCGCGGCAACUAUGUGCCAGAAUUCAUCGAAGCAUGGCAUGGCCCCCAGAUUGUAGCGCCAGAUACUCCAUACGUGGCAGCGGUGGGCAGAAAUCAGCUGUACUUUCUCGAUACUCGGCUCGAUCCUGAGACUGCAAAGCACAUCAAGAACCAAAUCGAGUGGGCAGGUGUUGCAGUAGGCCCAAAUGACGUUAUCAAGAUAGACGAAAUUGAGGUUACAGCAGAAGUCCAAAACACUGUGACCGGCGAAACGCUGUUCGUCUUUGAUCCCGCCUACGUUAGGGUGUUCUUUGCGAAAGGAAUCAACAAGCGAAACCCGGCGAUCAAACUGCCUGAACCUGAGCCCGCUGGCGAUUGGUUGGUGACCUACGACAUCGGCACUACAUUAGCGAAGAGGAAAGAGUGCACAGCCGGCGCGUUACCAACUUCCCAAAAUGAAAAUGCUGGUCUAGAACGGUCCAAAACGAAGGAUUGA